AUGGGCCUGGCCAAAAUGAUUGUGAAGGACUUACAACCCAUUUCAAUGGUAGAGGAUCAAGGUUUCCGGCAUUUUAUGAAGGUGGUGGAUCCCCGAUACCAGAUCCCUUGUCGGAAAUCCAUGAUGACAGGUGAAAUUCCCAAACUGUACGAGCAAGCACAAAAAACAGUAAAGGACUCCAUACAAUCAGCAAGCAGUCUGGUUUUAACAACCGACAUGUGGACUGCGAGAACCACCGAAGCUUAUUUGACUCUGUCAGGACAUUUUAUUGACAAGGACUGGCAGAUGCAGUCUUGCAAUCUUACAACAAUCCAUGUAGCUGUGCAGCACACAGCAGAUAAUAUAUCUGAACUCCUCACAAAAAUAACUGAUGAAUGGGGCAUCACCAGUAAGGUUCAUGCAGUUGUUACAGACAAUGGAGCCAAUAUGGUCUCUGCUGUGCGUAAAACUGGUUGGAAACAUAUUCCUUGUUUCUCUCACACACUCAACCUCAUUGUGAAGGACUCCAUUAAGGCUGACACAAGUAUUGAGUCCAGCUUGGAGAAAUGCAGUGCUAUUGUUCGGUUCUUCCACCACAGCACCAGAGCGACUGACAAACUAACAGAAGUCCAAAAUCAGUUGAACUUGCCACAGCAUAAACUAAUCCAAGCAGUGGAUACUAGAUGGAACUCGGUGUUGUACAUGAUUGACAGACUGUAUGAACAACAACAAGCCAUCACAACUGCACUUUGUCUUCUUGGGAGAAACAACAUGUGCCUAAGUGAUGGAGAAUGGUCCCACAUCAGGCAGGCCAUUGACGUCCUCAGGCCUUUUGAAGAGGCGACUAAGGAGAUUUCAGCAGAGCAGUGUGUGACAAUUUCCAAAGUCAUACCUCUGAUCUCUCUUCUCCAGCAAGCAACCGCAUCUGCUGGGCAGAGUAACAGUCUGGCUUCACAACUUGAAGCACAAUGCAAGCGACGGUUCCAGAACAUUGAACGCAACCACACUCUUGCAGUCAGCACCUUUUUGGACAUUCGCUUCAGAAACAUUGUGUUCUGUGAUUCUGCAAAUGUGGAAAUGAUUAAAUCACGGAUCAUCACAGAGAUGCAAGCCCUGGCUUGCGCUGAAACACAGUCAACCAGACAUGAAGCCGCUGCGACUGCAUCAACUGUGACACAAGUGACACAAGGGUCACCUGCUGAGUGUUCAUCAUCCAAGGGAUUAUGGCGGGAGUUUGACAGUCGGGUUGAGGCUUUUCAGAGCAAACGCACAGCAAACACAGAUGCAUAUAUUGAAAUGAGAAGAUACAUGGAGGAAAAGGUGAUCCCAAGGAGUGAGGACCCUUUGAUUUGGUGGAAAAAAAAUGAAACCACAUUUCCACUGCUGAACAAAGUUGCGAAAAAAUACCUUGGAACUGUUGCAACGUCUGUUCCAGCAGAGAGACUCUUCUCUAAGGCCGGAGAAAUAAUCAGCCAGAGGCGUAAUCGUCUUAAAGCAAAAAAUGUGAAUAUGAUACUUUUUCUGAACAGCAAUCUGAAACUUCAGUAA